CUCCUGACGGUAGUGGAAAACAGAUUUUUGGAGGAACCGGAGCCUGAGCGCAGCCAGUCCAACAGGAAUGAACUCCCCUCUUACGCUUUGUGCAUCUCUUACUUUGACAAGUGGACCGUCUGUUUGAAGCUGGGGGGACAUUUCUUUCCUUUUUUUGAAAGGCUCGCUUUAGGACUGCGCAACUUCCUUCACAAUUCUCCUCCACACCCAACCUCUUUUUUUUUUGAAAAAAUUAAAAACAGCAGUAGUUUUCUAAGAUGACUUGGACGGCGAACAGUUGUUUAGUCACUCUGGCCAUCCUGUUUCUCUGGCGAGUGGAAGAAAUAGCAGAAGCCUGCAGCUGCUCCCCUGCGCAUCCUCAGCAGGCGUUUUGCAACUCAGACGUCGUUAUCAGGGCAAGGUUAGUCGGAGAGCAGGAGGUUGAGGUUGGCAACGACAUCUAUGGAAACCCCAUAAAACGGAUCAAGUAUGACAUCAAACAAAUCAAGAUGUUCAAAGGUCCCAACCAGGUAAUUGAUGCCAUCUACACUGCUCCUUCCUCUGCAGUGUGUGGAGUGACUCUGCAGACUAAUGGCAAGGAGUAUCUUAUCACAGGCAAACUGGAGGCUGACGGGACAGUGCAUAUCACACUGUGCGACUUCAUUGAGCCCUGGGAGGCCACGAGUGAAACCCAGAAGAGGAGCCUGACUCAGCGCUACGAAAUGGGCUGCGAUUGCAAGAUCACUCGCUGCACCUCCAUCCCCUGCAUGAUCAGCAGCCCAAAAGAGUGCCUGUGGUUGGACUGGGUGCUCGAGAAGACGGUCAGCGGAGAGCAGGCCAAACACUUUGCUUGUAUCAAGAGGAGUGAUGACUCUUGUGCCUGGUACAGAGGGGCAGCACCGCCCAAAAAGGAUUUCCUGGACAUCGAAGACCCUUAACUCCACCACUGUCCAAUAGUCAGAUGUCUGAAGUUGAAAUAUACUAAGAUAUAAAUACCAAAACAUACAAAUAAUUACAAGUCAAAUUUAUUUUGUUUUUUUUUUCUUAUUAAAAGAGCCAUAGGGCAUGUGCUCUGUGGUGAGGUUGGAAAAAAAGUGAAAUUGUUAUGUUUUUAUUUGCGGGACUCAUAAAGUUUUUUUAAAUCAAUAGUCUUAUGAAUUCAGCACUUUCAGACACGUCCACCCCUUAUAUCCGAAGCACUUCCUCAUAAACCACUUCUCCCUCAGCUGAAUGAAUCAUCACAAUUCAGUAUUACUGUUCAUAGCGAUUCUUUGUUCUUGCGCGACUCAUUUCUGAUUUCCUUUUUAACCAAAGGUAUUGUUUAAAGUGAUCUAUAGUUCUAUAAUGCAACACAUACAUACCUGUAACUCGAAGUGUAACAAUUCUGUGAAUCUGUGUGUUCAUAAGUAUCAUUAGCUUGCAAUCGGCACCCUGAUUUGUGACAGCAGAGCUAUCACAAAGAACGAGCGCCACCUCUUGCACGUCCUGCUUCAGAUUCUUUCUUUUGCCAAGUAUGCAAAACUUUUACACUCUGUUUUUUUUGUUUUUUUUAUGUGGCAAUCCUUAUUGGAGUAAGCACAGUCGGUGCUUUUGCUCAUUGUUUUCCUUAAAUAAUCCUGAAUAGACAAGAAUGCACUUUGAACACAGUUGUCACCGCAGUCAUAUUGUCUCUAAUGAAAAAUGUCUGAAAAAGAGGAUUGAAUCCUCCAUUUUGUAUUUUGUAUUUUUUAUAUUGCAGCUCUUCUCUUUGUAAUGCUUUAGUGUAAGAGCUAGUUUUAUUUAAGGAGGUUAUAUGAUUCAUAAUAUUCUAUUGAAAACAAAUGCCCACAUUUUGAUACUUUUUUGUGACAAAUGACACCAUUGGUAUUGCAUAAUGAGAAGACCAAAUAUGUAAACAGUAUUAGCAAAAAUACACACAUUUUAUUAAAGGUCAACUUGUAGGCCUCAUUUUUAACAGUCCUAUAGUCCUAACCUUUUUAGGGCCGUGAACUAAAGAACAUAUUGUAACCAAUCAUCCUCUUUUCUUGCAGAUGCCUUUGAUAUGGCCAUAAACAAUGUUGAGCAAAUGUCAUGUGACUUUAAUAAUUAAUAUGAGUGUGAAAAGAUUCUUCAUUUGAAACUGUAGUCAAGUAUGAUGUCUUGUGCUGGUUUCACAUGAGACGUCUCGAGAUGAUUUUUGCAUGCAUGUCCAACUGAAACAAUUCUGUACAUUUGACUAUUAUAUUAAAUGCCAAACCCUG